GCUAGUGACGGUGAACGACGAUGAGGGUAGACGAGGGUGAACGGCGACGAGCAACGAGUGGCGGCUAGCAGCGAGGGUGAACGACGAGGAGGGUUGACGAAGGUGAACGACGACGAGCAGCAGCGAGUGACGGCCUUCGCAAACCCUUCCACUCUCAACUCCCUCCUGGGUAUGACCUCCAGAAGACUCAGGCCGUUCCAUAGGGGCGAAUGGCUGCGGGAUGAGCUUCCUAACUUCAACAAGAAGGUAUGCAACAUCACGUGCGCGCUCUGAUGGUCUUCUUCUGCUCUGUGCAGGGAGGGAUGCUAAUAGUGUGCCACUGGCAAGUGCAUAUGGACUUGCGAAACAUAGAGAUGGUCGGUGGGAAUGGGCAAUUGCUCCUAGUGUCUCACCAUCUCCUAGAUAUCAACAUGCUGCAGUUUUUGUUAAUGCGCGGCUCCAUGUUUCUGGAGGUGCACUUGGUGGUGGACUUAUGGUGGAGGACUCAUCAAGUGUUGCAGUCCUGGAUAUUGCAGCAGGAGUCUGGUGCGAUACAAAAUCUGUUGUUACUACUCCCAGGACAGGCAGAUAAAGUGCUGAUGCUGCUGGUGGAGAUGUUGAAGUUGAGCUGACGAGACGCUGUAGGCAUGCCGCUGCUGCUAUGGGUGACCUGAUAUUUAUCUAUGGUGGUCUACGUGGUGGUAAGACAUGAACAUGUGAUGGAACUUCAAUUUGUUGCAUUUUGUUUUAGAUUUCAAGCUGGCAAGUACUUUCUAGCAUCUGAUAUGGUUUUGCAUUCUGAUACCCCAGCAUACUAUGGUGGAUCUGUUCUAAUUCACAUUGUCCCAGCACAAUAUUCAUCUAUCCUGAUUUGCACGUAGUAAAGUGAUAUAGCCUUUCAAAGUGCUUGAAGUUGUUGUCUAUGAUGCUCAAUUGAUGGCUCAUCCUUCUUUCGAAAAAUGUUAUAUUUGAUCAUAGUUGUUAAAUAAAAUUAAGAUUUGAAUCAUGAAUCAAAAUCUUACUUUUAUAAAUCGUGAAUCAAAUCAAGUUGUAAUCAUAAGUUCUGGAGACAAAUUUUAAGAGAGAUAAAAACCACAUGUAGACAGGUUAAAAAAUCAAUGUGGAAAUGAAGGAUUUGACAAUUUUAGGUCAAGAAUUGUCCCAUUACACAUUUUUAGACCACCAUGUAGGCCCCUUAAUCAUAUAAAGUGAUGUUCCUAAAUCAAUCUCUUAAUCGCACAAUUCAAACCAAUCCAUCAAAAAUAUUUUCAAUUUUUUUCAAACUUUUAAGAUGCUCCUACAUUAGCCAGAUAUUGCUAUAUCUAUUAUAAAUAACAUGUUUCAUUGAUUAACAGAAUAUGGGCAUUAUAAUGUCAAUUACGUUUCAAUUAGUUUUCCUCACUGAGAGAUGAAUGGUUCAUAUGUGUUGAUAUGCAUCUCUGAUUCUUUUAUGUUAAUGAUUUAGUGUAUCUCAGUAGGCUUGAUUGGAUUGUUUUAGAAACUAAAAUAUGUAUGGUUCAAAAUAUAUUUUUGUAAAACAGAGUGGGAUAUUUUUGUAGAGUUGUUUCAUUCAAGUGUCAAGUGAAUGAUUACAAGUAUACAUUUAAAAUAGAUGGUCAUCUGGGGUUGUCUCCCUUCACCAUUCACCAUUCACCAUUUUUGUUUAAUUAUUCAUACUUUGCCUUGUAAAUCCAGCAAACAUAUUUAGUCAAAGCCUGACCCGAAUCAACAAGGAACCACAAUUCUUCCUAUCAAUCACUUAAAAGAACAGUACUGAAGACUGAACGAGCUAUGCAUAUAAAUAUAUAUAUUCCAUUAAAAGUGUCUUUGCAUUCUUCGAGAAUAAGUAAAGAAAUUUAUGUUUUCAAAAAACUACAAUCUGGAUCUCUGUAUCGGAUAAGUGGAUCCAUGCAAAUUUACCCAUCAUUAAUUCAUUCAAUGUCUUUUACAUUUCCAUCAUCUAUCAAUUUUUAGAAUGGAAAAAAGAAGACCAUCUAUAUCUAUAUCUAUAAAGUGUACAUACGAAACUUGGCACACACGACCGCCUAGGCACGAAACUUGGCACACAGAAGUAUUGCUUGUCCCUUUAACGACUCCUAAUAUUUAAUUAUUAACACCCUCGCUGUCAUCUUUUGAAUACUUGAGAAAAACAUGCAUACUAGAAUUUUAUCUUUAUUGUUUCUACCCUUGACGACAAUAAGGAAAUUUGCUCUGAGACUAACAAAAAAAAUGUUGUAUUUGAUGUUGUUGGGAGUUAGA